AUGAACGGGGUAGCCAAUCAGCGGAGGAGGAAAUGUUCCACAGACAGGCGAGUGUCCAAUGAGAGUUGCGGAUAUAGAAGACCGCAUUUCCUGACCCCACCCGUCCUGUAUUGUGGCCGCGGUGCUCUCAGCCCUCUGCCGGAUGAACAGCAGAUGGAGCUCUGUGGACGGUAUGUGACAUGAAGCACAUUCAAAACUGGAGCAGGUGUUACGACGGUAUCUGUCACGGGUCGGAUUUGAUAUGCUACGGCUAAAAGAGGACCUGAAAAGUUGACGACUAGACGGUAGGUUGUGUGACAACAGCAAGUUACUGUUACCAACGUUACAAUUGGGCCCAAUCCGUAACAUUAUCACAUUUUUUUCAAAUAUAAAACAUAAAAUAAGAUCUUCUCCCCCAUUAGACAAAUUAAUGGUGUUAUAAAACCCCAUAUUUUAUACCAAAGUUACUCAAAUGAAGAUAGAGAUCUAACAGAUCUGAGUAAAAUUUCUUCUCCACCUGUUGCUGAGUUUCUGCUGAAGCCAAGUUUAGCACAACUGCUGUGUCUAAUGUUGUUAUAUGUUGAACAAAAACUCUUGCCUUUCCUCCUGAUAGGGGAGAGUGGGGUAAGAUGAGCCAUUUUUCAUAUUUCGGAUCACUAUAUCAAGGCAAUCAUAUUUUUGUCUCAGGGACGCUCAGCCAGGGCUGCAGCCAUGUGCCAUGUCUUUUCAAGCUUAUUUCUGGGGGAGUCGUUGACAACAGCAACAAUGAAAGGAUUGGACUUUUUAUGAAACAUGCAGAGAGAUUUCCCAAACUGGCAAACCUGGCACAGCAGUGUAUCUGCAUACUAGUAAAAUUCCUGCUACAGGGCUGACUGUGACUUGGUUGUACUUCUGACACCCUGGCUAUGUGGACAUGCUUAUUUGUUUCUCAAGAAGAACAUGCAGCCACAAAACCAGACACUGAAUCUGAAAUAUUCCUCUGUUCACCCUCUUUCAGUUUCACUCCGUGUCCACAUAUUGUUUUCAUGAUCCUGUUCAGCAUGACAAACUAUUUUUACCCCUCCAUAUGUGCUGUACUUGUGCAACACUGUACAUUACACAAAUUAUUUGUUUGACACUAUGUGGUCAGGUGUAAAACACAUUUGGAAUUGUUUUUGUUGUAAGAAAUUAACAUUUUUCAACAAGUAAUUGAUAGUUGAUGUUACCAAAGAUCAAUUGCUCUAAUUCCUUCGAUGUUUUCCCACAUCUUGUCCCCCUUUGUGGACAGCUAUUAACUACCUAUCUAAAUUGUAGUGCUCCACAACUCAAUCAAGAGUACCUCUAAAGCUCCUGUGGGGAGUUUUUAGAUGUACACGAAAUAGACUGAAAUUCAUAUUGAUGCCUUUUCAUGGUACACAUACACAAAGACGACCAUCAGCAACAAGACUUGUGAUUUUUAUAGUUAUUUGUAAUACCAAAAGUAGUGCAAGGGGGUAGGUGUCUGGUCUGUUUUGACAAUUUACACAUAAAAUAUUUACAAGAAAUGAUCCACUUGGCUGUCAAAAGUCAGCAAGAUGAGAUGUAGAGGUCUAGAGUGCUUUGUCCAAAGAGGCACAAACUGAAAGUUCCUCACAGGAGCUUUAAAAAUACCCCACAUGUCGGCAAAGUGAUGUUUUUGUCACAUUGUCAACAGGAAGAGGUGAAACCACAACACUACACUAGAUGAGCUCUGACGUCUUUAUGUAGAUCAAUUUGAAGUAUGUGUGAGAGUCACCUUUGCAAAUAAGGAUCAAUAACUCUUAUGUGCUUCUCUCUCUUGAUCUCUCCACAGACAUGUCCCAAAGCUGACACACUGUCUGCAUUUGAAACAUGGAGGCGGCAAGACCCAUGGAUACACAACAGCCUGUGAGUCAGUGAAAUGUUAUUCACUGUGUUUUCCGUGUCUGUAGGGUCAACAUUUUGGCUUGGUAACAGCAGACAGUGGUUACCAAAAAAAAAACAUCAAAAAGAAACUGAAAGGUUCUUGCAUGUGCUGGAAAAGCAUUUGCUAUUUACGGGUGGAACAAAAAAAAUGGACAAUUCCAGGAAUAGAGAGAGAUGUUUUAAGUACGUGCCUCAACACAUUACAAGUGCUUCUGGCUGCACUCCAGUCCAAAUGUUUAUAGGGAAAUACAUAAAGUUCUGGCUCAGACACCGCUCUUGUCAUGUUGUUUUGUUUUGCACUACUGCAGCUCAACACACGAUGGCAGUAAGACCUCAGCUGUGAUUCCAACUCUGCUUUGAGUGACGGAAUAAAGUGUGUUGCACAAGAGCUGAGAGUCCAGUGAUGAUCAACCUGGGUGCAGUUAUGCUCUGUAGAUCUUUACUGGACAUGAACUAGGUUUGUGAUGCUAGGACAUGUUUGAUGCCUGAACUGUGUGCAGUUUUCACUUUAGAGCCAUUUAGAGUUUAACAACCACAGUGCUUCAGUCUUUCAGUAUUGCAAAGGAUACUCCUCACAUGCAUUAAAUAAAGUUUAGAUUAGUCUGAGGAUGUUGUUGGAAACACUUGUCCUGAAAUGGUUCUGGCAUAAACUUUUAAAGUGGAAGAUACUGUCAGAGGAGUAUUUUUCCAUUACUGUAGGGGUUAAAAUUGUGUCUGUAGAGGGCGUAAAUGGACGUGCUGCUGUCAUCAGAGUUGAAAUCAUUCACUGCAUUAUUUUAAUACAGUUUUUAUUUAACUCUGGUGUAGAGUUAGCUUUAAUUUUCUCCACUUCUGUUUGUUCCCCAAGUUUUCUAUAAAAAAAUAAUUAUUAAGAUUAAAUUUUCCUGUUUUUAUCACUGCAACCUAAAGUCUACACCACAACUGUCUUGUCCCUUUUCUAAAUUGUUAUUAUGUUCAGACGGAAACACUUUAAUGCGGGCAAGGUCUUUGAAAAGUAGCACAGGUUGUCCAUUUGGCCCCUCGCUGCGCGUCACACACCUGAGCCCCGCCCCCCGCCGUUAAUAUAACCCCUCGAGACAGGAAGAUGUGUCAAUUCCUCCCGAUCCAUGCUCCCUACCUCCUCUCAGUAGUGUCUCUGCGCGCUGUCAAACACAGGCGGUGACACACGGGGGGUUUAAACUCACAGCUCGACACUUCAGACGCUCAUUGAAGAAACUGAAAGAAGGUGAAAACAACUUAGGGCGUCUCAUCCCAGCCCUCCAUGCUCCUGCAAUCCGGCGGGUGUUAAGAUCCAUGGAAGUGGCCGGCUUCUACGACGAGGGCAGCUUUGCUUUCCACAAUAAAGACAGUAUUAUCAGUCCCAUCAGCGGCGGCUCUUACUGGAGGCUCGGAGACUCGAUGACGGAGCUGGGCAUUGAGGAGCGCGAGAGAGCGAUAGACUUCAGUGUUUACCUGGACUCCGCUUUGCACUGUCCGCAGCAGCAGCAGCAGCAACAGGGGGACAUUUACUCAGAUUUCCUGGCGGAGAACAAAAUCAAGAGAGUUGCAGCCCUGCAGAACUACAAGAACUACUCCCUGUUGAGCGAGCUGGAGACGAGUCAGUGCGACAACCUGAGGGACCCCAGGGAGCCCUACGCGCUGGGUUACACUGAGCUGCAGGAGACCCGCGAGGAUAGUGUGCUCAGCCCUGAACUCAGCCGAUACAGAGCUGCUGCUGCUGCUGCUGCUGCUGCCGAGAGAGACGACAGCCAAGAAGACUUAAAGAUGGAGAACGGGUCGUCUGGGUAUGACAUGAGGUCUUACCUUCACUAUCAGUCCACCAGCGGCAGUCUUGGAAACAUCUCCACUGCGUCCUCGACCUGCUCCAGCCCGCCCGGCACACCUGCCCCGUCAGGUAAAAGCAGGUCACCCUCGCACAGCGGCAGCAAAAUGUCCAGCGGGAAGGCGAAGAAACGCCUGGACAAGGACAGUGAAGAGUACAGGGUGAGGAGGGAGAGGAACAACCUCGCCGUGAGGAAGAGCAGAGACAAAGCCAAAAUGCGCAACUUGGAGACUCAACAUAAAGUACUGGAACUGGCUGCGGAGAACGAUCGUUUACAAAAGCGCGUGGAGCAGCUGUCCAGAGAGCUCGCCACCCUGCGAAACCUGCUCUCUGCCACCGGACAGUGUUAG